AUGACCAGAAAGCCUGUUGUGGCCACCAUCCCCAAUGGAGGCUACCUGCCGGGGACUGUUAAAGAGAGCCUGCCUUCCCCGGGGGGCAAGGAGCCCCCUGGGCAGGAGACAGUGAUGCUGAAGAAGAAAAUCACUUUGCUGAGGGGCAUCUCCAUCAUCAUUGGCACCAUCAUUGGAUCGGGAAUCUUCAUCUCUCCUAAGGGCGUGCUCCAGAACACGGGCAGUGUGGGAAUGUCUCUGAUUGUCUGGACCGCCUGUGGGGUCCUGUCACUGUUUGGAGCCAUGUCCUAUGCUGAAUUGGGAACAAGUAUAAAGAAAUCUGGUGGUCAUUACACAUAUAUUCUGGAAGUCUUUGGCCCAUUACCAGCUUUUGUACGAGUUUGGGUGGAACUGCUCAUAAUCCGCCCUGCAGGCACUGCUGUGAUAUCUCUGGCAUUUGGACGCUACUUUCUGGAACCAUUUUUUAUUCAUUGUGAAAUUCCUGAACUUGCAAUCCAGCUCGUUACGGCUGUGGGUUUAACUGCAGUGAUGGUCCUAAAUAGCAUGAGUGUCAGCUGGAGUGCCCGGAUCCAGAUUUUCCUAACCUUUUGCAAGCUCAUAGCAAUUCUGAUAAUUAUAGUCCCUGGAGUUAUGCAGCUAAUUAAAGGGCAAACACAGCACUUUAAAGAUGCCUUUUCAGGAAGAGACGCCAGUAUCAUGGGCUUGCCACUGGCUUUCUAUUAUGGAAUGUAUGCAUAUGCUGGCUGGUUUUAUCUCAACUUCGUUACUGAAGAAGUAGAAAAUCCUGAAAAAAACAUCCCCCUGGCCAUAGGUAUAUCCAUGGCCAUCGUCACCAUCGGCUAUGUGCUAACGAAUGUGGCCUACUUUACCACCAUUAGUGCUGAAGAGCUCUUGCUUUCAAAUGCAGUGGCAGUGACCUUUGCUGAGCGGCUCCUGGGAAAUUUCUCAUUAGCAGUUCCCAUCUUCGUUGCCCUCACCUGCUUUGGCUCCAUGAAUGGGGGUGUAUUUGCCGUCUCCAGGUUAUUCUAUGUGGCGUCUCGAGAGGGUCACCUUCCAGAAAUCCUGUCCAUGAUUCAUGUCCGCAAGCACACUCCUCUGCCAGCUGUGAUUGUUUUGUAUCCUCUGACGAUGGUGAUGCUGUUCUCUGGGGACCUCUACAGUCUUUUGAAUUUCCUCAGUUUUGCCAGGUGGCUUUUUAUUGGGCUCGCAGUUGCUGGGCUGAUUUAUCUUCGAUACAAACGCCCAGAUAUGCAUCGUCCUUUCAAGGUGCCGCUGUUUAUCCCGGCCUUGUUUUCCUUCACGUGCUUCUUCAUGGUCGCCCUCUCCCUUUAUUCAGACCCCUUUAGUACGGGGAUUGGCUUCAUCCUCACCAUGACUGGAGUCCCCGCAUACUAUCUCUUUAUUAUCUGGGACAAGAAGCCCAAGUGGUUCAGAAGACUGUCAGGCAGAAUAACCAGAACAUUACAAAUAAUACUGGAAGUUGUACCAGAAGAAGAUUGUCAUAAAUUAUAA